AGCCCUGACUUUGAGCCUGGGGCGCUGGCGCUCACUGAAGGCAGUACCAACAUUGGGUUUGUGCUGGCUUUUGAGGGCAGAGGGCGGAUCCGAAGACCUUGAGCUUGUGGUAUAUUGAAGGAAGCAAAAGGCUUUGUCCCAGGUCGCAAUCUAGCUGCAUCAAGCCAAACAUUUGCCCCCUGAUUGACUCAGAGAUCCGUUCUACAACCUGAACCUAUACUUUAAGUGACAGAUAGAUGAGCUAUUGUCGGGAGCUGAAGUGCCACUGCAAAAAAUAAAAUCUCUGUUGAUCAGCUGAUUGUAAGCGCUCUGCGCUUCUAUUGAGGAACAUAUUUCAGAUCUAAUCUGGACCAGCCGUCUGGAAUUCAACCCACUUCAUACCACCAGUCAUCAAAGCAGGUCAUUUUGCAUGUUUUCAGCUCAGAAAGUCCGGUGAACACUGGAAACUUUAUCAAAGCAGCUGCAGAGUCUGCUGUGAGCACUCACAAACGCGCCAUAAGAACAGCUCAUCACACAAGCAGUGAUGUCAGCCCCCCCAGCCGCCAUGGCCGAAGAUGUUCGGGACAUGGCCCUGCCAAACGCAGAGAUAGAUUGGGAACGCCUCGACAAAACCAAGUUCUUCUUGUGGGGGGCGGGGCUCUUCUCUGGCCUCUCCUGCUGCCUCUACCCCCUGACGGUGGUCAAAACAAGAGUCCAGGUGCAGGACAGAGCGUCAGCCACUGCUUACAAGAGUAUGGCAGACGCGUAUAGGCAGAUCUUCCGGCACGAGGGCAUCCGUGGCUUCUACAAGGGCUUUGGCACCACCAUUCUCGGCAGUCUUCCCGCUCGUAUGGUGUACAUGAGCACGCUCGAGCGGACCAAGAGUUUUGUGGCCAGCGAGACGCGGCGGCUGGGCAUCCCGGAGUCGACUGCCGCCGGAAUAACCAGCGGAGUAGCAGGGCUGACAGCAAGCGUUGUCACACAGACAGUCGUUGUGCCGGUUGAUGUGGUUACACAACGACUGAUGGUUCAACGAGGCCAAGCGGGCGUCGGUGUUGCGGUGGCAAAUCUGGGGGGCGGAGCCAUGAUCCGGCAGAUAGUUGCGCAGGAGGGUUUGCGGGGUUUGUACCGGGGUUUCGGGAUGUCGAUCAUAACCUAUGGGCCGUCAAGUGGAGUUUGGUGGGCGACCUAUGGGGCUAGUCAACGAGCGAUUUGGAGGAAUCUGGGCUACCGGGCGAACUCGGACCGUCCGUCACAAACUCAGAUCGUGGGGGUCCAAAUCGCGUCCGGGCUGUGUGCGGGGGCCGUCGGGGCGCUGGUCACCACACCGCUAGACACGGUCAAGACACGGCUACAAGUUUUGAGAAGCGAGACCGGCGCGCGUCCGACGCUCGCGAGCACGCUGCGGACGCUUGUCGCGGAGGACGGCUUCAAGGGCUUCUACCGGGGGCUUGGGCCGCGGUGGGCCAGCAUGUCGCUCUGGGGCACGUGCAUGGUUACCACCUACGAGUUCCUCAAACGCCUUUCAGCCAAACCGCUCUGAGAUUGGGCGAGAGUAGGCGGAGGGUGCAUUGAAGAGGCCAGGCUAAUACGUUGUUGCGGAGCUGGAAGCGAUGAAAUGCGAGCGCACCUAUGAUUGAAAUUAUGAUGCGGUCAAGCUAGUGACAAGAGAUAUAUAUCAGGCAGAUUCCCGUUCGUUUUCGCUCCCUCAGUACUUUGCGAGACAUUGCAGCAGUUUGGUUGCAAGCGAUUGGUUUUGACCCGGCAUGGUUGCUUGUCGAGUGAUUCUGAAAGUAGACACGAGGAAAAUUUAAUCGAUUCAGGGGCACCACCAUAAGCACGCUAUAUUGAAGUCAAGCUAAGGUCUUUUGAUGGACAUCACAAGUCUCGGAAAUAUAUUUGUAGGCUUGUCCAACAAGUGAAGGUUUCUGACAAGCCGUGUCUAUUCAGACG